AUGCGUCGCUAUCAAGGUCUUCUGCCCUGGACGGUGCUCCUGUCCACUUUGGGAGGAGCACAGGCGAAGCUCGACCUGAACUCGACAUCUAUUCUUUCGGUCUACUGGGGACAGAACUCGUUGAAUGGGAAGGGUGACCAACAACAGCAGCCCUUGGCGCACUACUGCGAGAAUGAUGACAUUGAUGUCAUUCCCAUGGCAUUUGAUAUGAUGAUCAAUGGCCCAGGAGGAGCACCAGAAAUGGACUUUGCGGUGACUAGCCAAGACUGCGAACCUUUCGAAGGCACCCAAUUGAAAAACUGCCCCAAGAUUGGGGAGGACAUCAAGAAAUGCCAGAAGAAGGGCAAGACAAUCUUGCUAUCGAUUGGCGGCGCAACCUACACCGAAGGCGGCUUCAAGUCGGAAUCCGACGCCAAAGAGGGCGCGAAGCUGAUGUGGGAGACGUUUGGACCGGUGCAAGAGGGCUCCAAGGCGCACCGGCCGUUCGGCGACGUCAGCCUGGAUGGAUUCGACUUUGACUUCGAGACCAACGUCGAGCACAUGGCGCCUUUUGCGCAGGAGCUGCGGUCGCUGCUUGACGCGGAGAAGAGCCGGAAAUUCUACUUGACCGCGGCGCCGCAGUGCCCCUACCCGGACCAGUCGGACAAGGACAUCCUCAACGGACCGGUGUACAUCGACGCGAUCUGGGUGCAGUUCUACAACAACUUCUGCGGAGUCAACAACUUCAACAAGGACAGCAAGAGCUCCAAGUACAACUUCGACGAGUGGGACAACUGGGCCAAGACGGUGUCGAAGAACAAGGAUGUCAAGGUGCUGGUUGGCGUGCCGGCCGACACCACGGCUGCCAGCACCGGGUACGUGCCCGCGUCCAAGCUGCAAGACAUCGUCGAGUACUCGAAGAAGUUCGACAGCUUUGGCGGGGUCAUGCUGUGGGAUGUAACGCAGGCGUACGCUAAUGAUGGGUUCAUGGGAAGCGUGCGCAAGGCGCUGGGAGGGAAGAAGGAUGAUUUGAAGGGAGAUUCCGGGCCCGCUUCCGGUUCGUCGUCGUCUAACUCGGCGUCGACCUCGGCGCCUGAUCCUUCUUCGUCCGCUAACUCACCGAAUACCUCGUCCUCUAUCAAUGGACCCGCUUCCUCACCCUCGUCUUCCUCAUCCUCUGUCUCUGGGUCCUCUUCCAAUGGCCCUGAGUCUACCACGUCCACCGCUACUACUACUACCGCCGCUCACCCCAAACACACCGGGCACCACGACGACAGCCCACCCAAGGGUCACGACUCGGGCGACUCGUCCAGCGACAACGACUCCGAUGACGAGUCGAAGGAUGACUCCAAGGACGACGAUUCCAAGGACGGAGACCACCACAUCCUCGGCUCGAACCUCUUCGGCUUGCUGGACGGUAUUCGCCAGGCAAACGGAUUGGCAAAGGGUCUCACCCACGGUCUUACGCACAACCUCCGACGUGGUGUGCGUACUCGUGUCUGA